GGAAGAGGACGGCGGCGUGUCUGACCUUUCCCGAUAAGCUCGGCCGUUGCUCGAAUGGGAACACCUAGGGUUUCGAUCCACGAGCCCUCUCGCCAAUUCCUUUCCUCCCCAUCUUUUUCUCGGACGGAUUAAACUAGGAUUUCUCCCUAAGGGAAAUAUUUAUUCUCCAAUCUGCAGCUUUUCUCACAGGAUCCUCCUCCUCUUGGUGCUACGACUGGUUUUGCUUCUGUUCUUUCACCGUCACCAUCGCUCUCAUUGUGGGCCGACGAGACUGGAAGAGAGGAAGAUAUCAAGGUCCGGUUUUGGCGCCUGUCCGAAAAGGGCGUAGCGGCAUCGGUGAGGAUUUUGCUUUGGUUUCAUUCGGAAGAGAGGAAUGGCAGGGCGGGAAGGCGGGGUGGAAGGAGCAGUGUGGCGCUUCGAUCUCGACGAGAAUUGGAGGAAUGCAGGUCGAUCCGGGCUUCCUCUUUGAAUCUGGAGUAAAGGAGCGUCUUUGCGGGUGGGUUUCUUUGGUUCUUGAAGAUUGAGUGGGUAGAUCUGAGAGGUCUCGAGAAGUGGAGGCAUUAAAUCGACGCAAGACGUUGCUGCGGUACGUAGCUGCUGCUUUCAGAUGUCAGUGCUGAUUUCUGGCGGCCUGACGAGCUAGCGCGAGCAGCAGGAAGAAAGAAAGAGAGAGAUAAGGAAGCCUAGUCCAGCUCUCGUCGCUGAUGACCGAAAAAGCAAAGACUACUGGCUGACUUGUCCGGCCACCAACGCAGUCCAAAGGUCUCGCCUUUCCGCUUCAUCUCUUUGUUUCUCCGUCUCAUAUCCUUCCCGUAGUGCUGCGACCGUGAACUCGUCAUCAAUGCUAAAGGACAAUCUUACGCGGAUUCUCAGAAACCCUAAGCCCCAGACCUGACAUAGUUCCGCUCAGUCGCGCCCGCCACCACCACCACCACCCCUUCCCAGAAAGGCGAACGAUCGGGAGGUGGAGAUACGAAAGGAGUGGGCGAUAAGGCGAUAAAGAUCCGAUCUUAUGCCCCGCCCAGGAGAGGCAUGAGAACAAGAUGGAAUUGGAGGAGAGCAACCACGCUUCCAAGCGUUUCCGGGUGGUGGGCAACGGCAGUCAGACGGCCAAGAUAGGGCGUAAGGAGCACCGGGAGGAUGACGAGGAGGGCAGAGAGAGAAAGGGCAGAGGAGGAGAUGACGCCAACGGCACCGCUCCCUGGGAGCAUCACCUGUCGUCAAGGAUCUUCCGCGUCUCACGUGCCUCCGGCGGCAAGGACCGGCACAGCAAGGUGCACACUGCGAGGGGCGUCCGCGACCGGAGAGUCCGCCUCUCCGUCUCCACGGCCAUCCAGUUCUAUGACCUCCAGGACCGCCUUGGCUAUGACCAGCCAAGCAAGGCUAUCGAGUGGCUCAUCAAAGCUGCAGCUGCGGCCAUUAGCGAGCUCCCUCCUCUCGACGGCUUCCCCAAGCCGCCAUAUCCUAACAUGGUUGAGACGAUGAAGGCCAAUCCAGAUACUGAGUCGAGCUACAAUCAGCAGCAGCAGCAUAUGUCGACCAAGUCCGGCUGCAGUAGCACCUCGGAAACCAGCAAGGGCUCAGUUUUGUCGCUCUCACGGUCGGAAAGCCGCAUCAAGGCCAGAGAACGAGCACGAGAACGAGCGGCAAAGGAUAAGUCGAAGGAUAGGGACGACGGUGGCCAUCAUGUGGUCUCCCAUCACCAGAACCUGAACCACAGCCUGAACCCUCAGACCUCUUUCACGGAGCUUCUCACUGGAAGCGGCGGCGGCGGCGGCGGCGGCGGUGACGUCAGCAACAAUGCCAACGCAACCACUGUUGCUGCAGGCGCGGAGAACACCGUCCGCAAUUGCAUUCAGAAGCAGAUCCCCACGGCGGACUACUUCGUCCAAGCUGGUCUCUUUACACAGCCGCAAGAGAGUCAUCAGCAUCCGCCGACUUUUUCCUCACAAUCCCACUUUGGAAACAGCUCUCCGAUGGGAAUGCUGCCAUUCAACAUUGCAACCACCGGCGACCAUCCGGAGAUGCAGCAAUUAUUCUUGCAGGAUAAUCUCUUCCCCAUCUCGGCAGUGGCAGCGACAGGGGACUACAAUCUCAGCUUCUCAAUUUCUUCGGGUCUUGCAGGUUUCAGUAGGGGGACCCUUCAGUCCAAUUCAUCAGCUCAGCUGCCUCAGCAGCACCACCACAAUCACAACCACCUACCGAGGCUCUCUUCUACGGUUGACGGAUCGAACCUGCAGUUCUUCGGUGCUGCCGCUGGUUCGGCUAAAGCCGGCGCCGGCGCAGAGAAUCAGUAUCCGGCGGUGUGCGAUGGCCGCCUGCAGCUCUGCUACGGAGGGGAUGGCUAUCGGCAUUCAGACAUGAAGGGGAAAGGGAAGAGCUGAGAUCACCAGAAAAAUGCUGCAUUUUUGUGCAUACUCCAUUGCUGGUCUAAUUUUUCUCGAAAGCCUUGUGGAUUUCUGUGCUCUAUUCUCAUCCGGUCCUUCACGGAGAUCCAAUGCUGAGGUUGACUCGAGGUUUCCUGUCGUAGUUGGAGAGGGGGAAUUUAAUGGUGGAUGGACGGGUGUCCAUGUAGAAAUUUUAUAUCGGCCUGUGGUUCCUUCACGUUGUGUCGGAUUCACCGAGUGUCAAAAGCUUUGGAGUGAUCGAGUUUGAACCCCAUUAAACGGGCAUCUUGUGGCUGCCGGCCAGUCACAUAACAUCCACUGUUGCCUGUCACCUGUACUUGCUGUUUCUUUGUUCCUUGGAGCCAGUAAACCGGAAUCAAAAGUCCAUAGCCAGCUUUUAGGAAGCUGUACGCCACAUGAAUGCAUUCUUCCAGUAGACGGCCUCAAGAAUCGCAGGCUUUGACAUGGCUGGUUAACUCAUUAGAACUUUAUGUAACAAUUAUACCGUAAUUCUAUGUAAGAAAGAAACAACAGAACUUUCCUUAGGUUUCCAAGUGCAUUAAGUCUGGACUCCAAAUGCAACCAGGAAAAAGCUGGUGACAAUAGCUCUGAACAAUGAUCUCUACUGACUCCUAAGAGUUAGUAGAAUCUGGAAGUGUCUGAGACUAAUUAUUUAUCUUCACUUGGUAGUUCUUUUUUUAUGAUCAUAAUACAUUUUGUUUCUUACCUUCUAUCUGGUUGUCAAUUUCCUAUCACAUGAUAGCAAUUCAUUUUCAGUAGUUAGAGUUGAAUCUAUAAUGCUCUUGUGUUAUAAAAUUUGAGAGCAAGAACCACAGAUGUUGCGUCUAAAGGUAGACCUUCAUGAGAGUACAACAGCAAAUCAUGAGAAUACAGGCACAAAAUCCAAAUAGUAAGAGAAUAAUUCUCCUAGAGAGAUAAUUUGAAAAAUUGAAACAACAUUAAAAAUGGAGAAUGUUUUGUUAGAAAAUGUUGACGUAUAUAAUAUUGUCGAAAACUUUUCUUAUCGCAUGUUCUUUUGUAACUUCCUUCAUUUUGAUUGCCUUGUUAAGAUAUCAUAGGCCAACUUGCUAGUUCCUCCUUUGUUGAAGCACAUAAUAUGUUGAAAGUAAAUAGAAAAGGAUCAAAGACAACACGAGGAGGAUCACGUCUGAGGUGAUUAGGGUUGCGAUGCAGGGCUGGACUUUGCAUGACUCAGGGUAGGAUUGAUCAAGCUGAGGAAAUGAACUUUGAGAUAAAACAUGCAAAUAAAUGAAAUGUUGGUAAUGUACCCAAACUGGUCUUUCUCUUGCACAAGGGUGCAAUAAUUAAGGAAAUAAAUGUUUCUACUUGAAGAGAAAGCUCCCUUUCAUAGUAUAAGGUUUUCGUAAUCACUUAGUAUGGGUUCGAUGAGAUGAUUGAUCCAUCACUAUGUAGGCAGGGAGCAAGAAGAUUCUGUGGUACCCUUCAUGGAUAGGGCUGUGUAGUUGGUGGUUUAAAUUGUUUUUUGGUUGUACAGGCAAUUGUUAUUUCAAGAUAGCAUCAUUUUGUUCACCAAAGCAGUCUAGUGGUGAUGGAUAAUUUGCAGAACCUCAUAUGCUAAUGCAUCAGUACUAUGUUUAUUAGGAUCAUGACUUCAAAGUCUGUGGCUGGAGAUUUCCACCUGGGUUUCCAGUCUCCUCUUACACCCCUCUUCCUGACUCUUCAUGGUGCCGAAAACUGAGAUCGGCACUUUUCUAUUGGUUUCUGCUUCCAGUUUACAGUGGCUUCAAGUGCUAUUGUUGAUUAUUUGUUGCAUCAGAUAGCACAUAACCUAGGAAGUGACAAACUUCUAAUGUUCUUGAGCAAAGCUACUUUCUGCUAUUCAGAAUCUAUUUCAGAUGCCUUAGUUGGUCACUGCAUCACAUGUUUAGCUGUUUUACUUCUUGUCUAUACUCAGCUCUUGAUGGCAAUUGCAUACUUCAGGAGACAAAAAAAUUGAUCUUCCAGUCGUCACUUUUUUCUGAACUUGAGAGUAUUGUUGAUGGUGACAUAUCCAACUUGUGUUUGAAGUCACAUGAAGCUGUAUUGUUCAUUAUAACUCUGCUAAUCAUACACUUCCCAAAUGUUCAC